AUGAUUAUAAACAAACCAUAUUCACCUUCUCCGUCUGUGGGGGGAUUGCAAAGCCGUUACAUCCCGCCAAGACACAUUCGAAAUCCAAUUGCUACUGAGGCCGGUUCGAAGAUGACUUCACGUCUUACAACGGCAAUUGUCGGCCGCCUGCCUUUCCUGCUGUUCUUGUGUUUCGACGGCUUGUUGAUUAAUCAUAAGUGUAUCGCGGCACCGAAUUUUAUCACAACUGUACCAAAUGUCACGAAGGAAGUUUCUUUGGGGUCGUCAAAUUCGAAAUUCGAACGUGAACCAGAGGUGCUGGACACCGUUCCUCCGUUCGGCGUUCAGUUAUCCCCAAAGUACAAAAGAAGUGGUGCCUUUGAAGGAGUCACAAUUGGACUUCCUCGGAUCCUGACUCGAGUCAGCGACUCGCUCGUCCAUGACAGGGAAGAAAUUGUUCAGAAUUACAGUCAGUCCGCUGACAAAGAUUUGGAUCAAGUGUUGAACUACAUUCGGAAUUUAAAGAAUGAGAUACUAACAAACGCACAGUUCAAAGCUCUGCGUCUUUCACCUAAUGAAAAUCACAUCUGGUCAGACGACAUCAGGGUAUGGAACGAUUAUCUAGCAGAACGUACUAAAAUAGAGGGAGGGAUUCCAAGGUUUUACAGCACUCCCCACAUUUACUCGGAAUGUUACACGUACCGAAGGAUCGCCGAGGCAUUUCAUUUGACGGAAACGUUGAAGUCUUACGAUCCGUUCACUGCACAGAAAAGACGGGCUUUCGACGAUUCAACAGCAAGUGCCAUAGCAGUGGCUGCUCAUACUCUGCAAGAAAUCGACAGAAAACAGGAAGUGUCAUUAGCGGAUAAGAAACAAGAGUUUAUCAAGCACCUGAAACUAUGCUUAUGGGGAAACAAGGUCGAUCUGGCAUUCAGCCACGGUGCUGCGGUAGGUCAAAGUGGAAAUCCGCUGGAGCUACUGAGUAGCCUGGAUAAAAACAUUCUCGUUAACAAUACGGAUUUGGUCUGGGAUGCCUUGACUAAUUGUAGAACGAAGAAGCCCAACGGCACGAUGACGGUCGAUGUAGUGCUCGACAAUGCAGGCUACGAAUUAUUCACCGACCUCAGCCUCUCAGCCUUUUUGAUCUCUCGCAAUCUUGCCGAUAGGAUCCGAUUCUACGUAAAACGUAUUCCUUGGUUAGUCAGCGACGUCACCACGAGAGAUUUUCAAUGGAUCAUUCAGCACAUGAAGAACUCUUCGAAUCCUGAUUUAUCGCGGUUUGGACAGUUGGUGGAGGGUCACCUAGAGACCGGCGUAUUUUCUAUCCUGGAUGAGCCGUUCUGGACCAGCCCGUUUGUUUUCUCAGAAAUGCCCCAAAAGGAUCCCGCCUUGUACGCUAAGCUUUCAGAAGCAAGUCUGGCCAUAAUCAAGGGCGACUUGAAUUAUAGGAAAUUAAUUGGAGAUAUCAACUGGGAAUACUCCACGAGCAUUCUUCAAGCGAUCCGCGGAUUUUUGCCAACGAAUAUCGUCAGUCUGAGGACAAUCAAGUCCAACGCGUGUGUAGGGUUGCAGCCUAACCAAGCUGAGUCUGUCGCAAGAGCAGAUCCGAACUGGUUGACAACCGCAAAAUACGGUCUCAUAACAGCGGCCGUCAAUAAUCAGACUUGCAGCAGAGCAGGAUAAUCCGUCAUUACUCGGUUAUGAAGAGCAGAACUUGCAGCUGAAAAAAUUUGUUCAAAAUAAGAAGGAGCAAGUGGCUUAGUUAUUGAGUGCUUCUAAUCGUGAUUAAAGUAAACUAAUUUUAGUGAGUGAGAAAUUUCGAUGAGACCUGCUGUCGAAACUUUGCACCUGUGCACAUAACGCAGUCUUUUCCGCCUCACCAGUUUAGUUAUUACGAAAUAUUUCUGGCAACCAUCUUGUACUACCUGGAAUAUUCAUUUUAUUACACUUAGUAGUAAUACAAUGUUUUAUAAUAAUAAAGAGUAAUAAGUAACCAUUAUUCGUAAAUACAUAAUAUCCUUUCUGUCCUAUAAACGUUUGUACAAUCAUUAUAUUAUAACUUAGAUAUCAAAUGUUGGGGAAUAACGUUAAAAUUUCUUAAAUAAAUUUUAUCCUCUCUCUUCCCUUCCAGCUGAUAAGAUAUAAAUCGACGUAGCAAUUCAAAUGAUUGCAUCAGUUACGCGAUUCGUUAUAAUAUUUCUAGUAUACAAUUAUCUUUUGCGUCAAUUGACCGCUCUUCUCUGCAUGCCUUUUUACAAAAAACGAUUAACUUCAGUUACGAUUAUUUCAUUUAUCAGUUUUACUUUUUGCAAACGAUCAGCUAUAUAAGCCUGUUUGAAAGUCACAAUUAGAGCGACAAUUAUUAUUUGGAAUAAUCGAUGAGAAAUGUAAUGGAAACAAUUCAUUUACACCGGGACAGGAAUAUUCGUAAUCGUAAAUAAAACACAAAGAAACUUACGAUUCAUAGUUUAAGUAAACGACAAAGAUAAUUUACCAUCAGGAAUUCUAUAAAUCGUACCACUCUUUCAAUUUGUCGCAACGUAUAUGAAAUAAUACUUACGUCCGCUUCUAAAAAUCAUGUGUAGGUACUGUUUAAUCAUAAAUCACACGACCGUCCUAAAUUUUUUUUACCUGCCCCGCCGGUAAUUCAAAUAAAUUCUAUUGACACACGCUCUAAAAAUUACUAAAACAAAAGAAAAAUAAACAAACGAGGAAAAAACUUAGAAAUUAUUUACCUAAUAAAUGGCGUUGUUACAAUGAUCAAGAGUCAAAUGAAUGUUGGCCCUGCGCUUGGCGCAAAAGUGAAUUCAAGCAGCAACUGUUAAACGUCACCAAAAAAGAA